AGUCGUGAACAAUACAUGAAGAGAAGAAGUGUGCCAAAAAUUGUAUAAAAUAAAUUCAUUAAAUUUGCACAAGUUAUUUCCAUUAAAUUCUGUGUUUUAUUAAAAGUUAAUUUGGAAUUUCCUGCACCGGAAGAAAAGGACAAAAUUUUUGAUCCUUCAAAUCACCAGAUAAAUUUUCUAAUAAUUCUGUGUGUCUAAUUAAAGGUAAAAUUCCAAACAUUUGGUCCUUCACCCUACAAGAAGACAGGACGUUCUUCUAGCCAGCAAUAUGUCGAAGGAAACUCGAGCAGCCUACAAGGGACAAUUGACUCAGCAAAGGAAGGCUCUCGAGAGAUACCUGCUGGACAAAAAGCUUCUCAAAAAUGAUGAUGCGGAGGCUGAAUUAAUUUCAAUCCAAUCGCAAAUUGGCCGAAUUGAGCAAAAAUUCCAAGCUGUCCAGGUGGAAAUAAUUGAUGCUACCGAUUCUGAUGCUGCCAAGCUAAAGGAGACUCAGGAACUCAACACUUUCUUGGAAGAUUGCUGCAGAUUGGAAAAAGAUUGCAGCAUCUUGAUUGCAAAGAUCUCUUUGUUGGAACCAAAAGAAGGUGAUCAAGCUGCAGGUGGCAAAGAUGAAGAUUCAAAUAUUGCCAAAAUUAUCAACUUGAUGACACAACAACUGAAGGAGAAUCGCCAACAAAGGAUUUCCGAGGAGAACAAGUUGAAGGAUAUUCUGAGCGCUCAGAAGGAAGAAAUUCGCAGCAUGAUCGAGAAUUCCAGGACGGACAUGGCCAAUUCAACGAUGAGAAGCAACGCAGGCGAUAGUAUCCCUGAAUCAAGAGCUAAAUUGGAGCCCAUUAAACUCCCUACAUUUAGUGGCUCGUAUGUGGAAUGGCACACUUUCAAGAACUUAUUUCUCUCCAGUGUUCACAAGGACACAAGUUUAACCAAGACGCAAAAGAUGCAUUAUUUGCGUUCAGCCACCAGUGGGGAAGCCCUCGCAUUGUUCAGCAGUCUUCCACUCACAGAUGCAAAUUAUGAUGUCGCCUGGUGUAGGCUCGAACAACGCUACGAUGACGAUAUGCUCAUCAUCAGAAGCCAUAUGGAGAACUUCCUGGAGCAACCUCAAAUCACCAAGCCUGAUGCUGCCGCUAUCAGGAAGCUACAAUCGUCUACGUCUCAGGCUUUGGAGGCGAUUGAUGCGCUAGAGUGCUACCAACGAGAUCCCUGGCUUAUCCAUCUGACUUUGAAGCACCUUGAUCGUCAAACGCAAGCAUUGUGGAGCGAAAAGAAGCCAGAACGAGUGCCGCAGUGGAGAGAUUUCGACAACUUCCUCAACGCAAGAUGCCGCAACCUUGAGUCGUGCCCACAACCGACUCCCAUGCCUCAGCAGCAGCAUCAGCAGCGCAGUAAGUCUAACAAUAAGGCGUCUAGUUGUGUUACGUCUAAUGGUACGAAAAAGAAAGAAAAUUGUAUGUACUGUAAAAUCAAUCCCCAUAGAUUGUACAAGUGUAGAAAAUUCUUAGGCCUUGCUCAUAAGCAGAGAGUAGAUGUAGUUAAGAGUCUCAAACUUUGCCCGAAUUGCCUCAUUGAAUCUCACCCUAUUGAGUCAUGUAGUUAUCAAUCUUGCAAAGAAUGCUCCCAAAAACAUAAUCACCUCCUGCAUGCAGCAUAUGUUGACCCAACCCCCCAGCCUGUUGCUACACCCCAAGUGAACAAUUUAUCCUUUGGGGGCCUUGAAUUCCCUUCCACCAAUACUGCUACCCUAAGCUGUUCUGGAGCAAUUGGGGGAGUGAACUCCAAAGUACUGUUUGCAACCGCCAUGGUGAAGGUACUGGGCAACAACAACACCCAGAUGUGCAGAGUUUUAUUGGAUCCCGCAUCCCAGAUAAAUAUCAUCACAACUCAUUUGAGUCAGUCCUUGCGUUUAAUUCCCAAGCGAACGAAUCUCAUAGUUGAAGGAGUAGGAUCUGUGGCUCAUCCAAGUCACAAAGAGGUGCAGCUGCGCAUUCAAUUUGAAAGAGGCCAAGAAAUCAUCACUGAUGCAUUGGAUUGUCUCGUCAUGCCAAAGGUUGUUGGGGAACAGCCUAACUGGGAUGUGGAUCUCUCAAAAAUUCAUUUGCCCCCUCAUAUCAAAUUAGCUGACCCCAAUUGGUGUGUACGACAGAAAAUUGACCUCCUCAUCGGGGGAGCUCACGCUUGGGAUUAUUUGGGAACCGAAAGAUAUUCUCUUGGGCAAGAUUUGCCGUGGAUUUGGCAAAGUGUGUUUGGAGCCGUGAUUGUAGGCCCAUGCUUCGGUGCCGAAACAGCACAAACUGCAGUUGCCUCAUGCAACGCAGUCACACUCUCCAGCAUUGAUCGUACGUUGCGGAAAUUCUGGGAGUUGGAGGAAGUUCCAAAGGAGCAGAUUUCUCAAGUGGAACAUGAGGAAGUUGAGACACAAUUUCGCUUGACAACUUAUAGGAAUCCUGAGGGUCGCUAUGUGGUAGAACUUCCAGUCAGACCAGAGAUCACGAGUCUCCCCAACAACAAACUCAUUGCCACACGCCAAUUGAAUUACUUGCUCCCACGAUUGAAGAAAAACCCCAAAUUACAUCUCGAGUAUGGAAACAUUUUCAAGGAAUACCUUUCCCUAAAAAUGAUUGAAAGGGUUCCAAUGGAUGAGUUGCAAAAUCCUUCAUUUUACCUCCCACACCAUGCAGUGAUCAAGGAAAAUGCUGUGUCUACAAAGAUAAGGAUUGUAUUUAAUGCAAGCUCUCCAGCUACGGGACGUAGUCUCAAUUUUUACCUCAAAAUGUGUCCGGUGGUGCAGCCCACGCUUAUUUCGAUACUCUGGAGAUUCCGUUUACACGAGAUUGCCUUCACAUGUGAUAUAGUGAAGAUGUACCUCCAGGUAUUGCUGCAUUCACCACACAAGGAUUUACACCGAUUUCUCUGGGAAGAAGAGGGUAAGAUUGUAGAAUUUCGCUUCACCAGGGUAUGCUUUGGAGUCGCUGCCUCCCCAUAUCUUGCAACCCGUGUGCUGAUUCAGAUUGCUGACGACGAAGGUCAUAAGUUCCCUUUGGCUGCUCCAGUAUUGCGAUUGAACGUUUACGUUGAUGACAUCCUGAUUUCAACAUCCACUAUUGAAGAGGCACUUGCAAUCAAACAGCAACUGAUCGACAUGUUGAGAACCGCAGGGAUGGAGUUGUCCAAGUUUCAUGCAAAUCGACCGGAACUCCUAACAACGGAAGACGGCACUGAAUCGGAAUCUACAUCUCACAUUCUGGACCAGGAAGCAAAAACUCUUGGAAUCAUUUGGACUCCACGUUCCGAUGUUUUUCAAUUUCGUGUUGCUGAUGAUCUAGCAUCAAUCCCAGCAACAAAGCGCCAUAUUCUUUCAACGAUUAUGCGCAUUUUUGAUCCCUGUGGGCUUAUUGGUCCCGUGGUGACUACUGCCAAACUGACUCUACAGAAGCUGUGGACCAAGAACGUUGGCUGGGACGACCCUGUACCAGAAGAGUUGGCCAAGGAGUGGCAAAAAUUCAUUUCGGAUCUCGUUUGCAUUACUGAGCUGAGCAUUCCCAGAUGGAUAUGUAAGAUUCCCAUUGUGCAUCACCGCGAAUUGCAUGCAUUCUGCGACGCCAGCAGCGUAGCAUAUGGCGCUGCCGUUUAUGUGGUGUACGAAGACAAGGAUGGAAAUCGCGCUUCUGGAUUGCUAACUGCGAAGUCCAAGGUAACCCCCAUCAAAUCAAAGGAGGAUCCAACGAAGGAAUUAACAAUUCCAAAGGCUGAACUUACUGCUGCAGAGUUAGGUGCGAAGCUCAUGAAUGUCGUUGGAGAGGCAUUGGGCAUCGAGGAUCGCUACUAUUGGACAGAUGCAAUGGCGGUUGUCUACCAAAUUCAUUCAUCGACGCCUCACAAGAAUCCCUACGUCAGAGGAAGAGUUUCAAAGAUUCGCAAUCUCUCAAACCAUUCUCAAUGGAACCACGUACCAACUGGUGAAAAUCCUGCGGAUGCGUUGUCCCGAGGUUCAACGGUGCGCGCUUUGAUCUCAAAUUCCUUAUGGUGGAGCGGGCCUGGGUGGUUGAGUGAAUCUCAGAGUCAAUGGCCACAAAAAUUUUCUCCAGAAUUAGCCACCAAAUCUCUCCCACAUUUAUCUUCAUUUGCGUGCACUGAAUCAGUUCCAGUCACACCUGAGAUUCCAAUUCCAACAAUUCACAGCCAACUUGUAGAAAAAUGUGGCUCAUUCCUGAAGGCAACAAGAGUGGUAGCCUGGGUUCGCCGAGCUGUAGCUCUUUUUAAGGCUCCCAACAGACGCAUCACUCGAAGUACAAGCCGCAGCCCGAUGUAUCAGCCGUUUCUACUGCCUUCGGAGCUACGAGCAGCCGAAAUCUACAUCAUCAGAUGGGAACAGGAACUCAAUUUGGGCAAAGAAAUCUCUCUUCUCAAGGCCAAUAAGCGCAACAAAGUCAAACAUUCUCUACGCAAAUUGUAUCCCUUUCUUGAUCAGCAGGGAGUCUUGCGGCUUGGUGGGAGAAUUGAUGCUGCCGACAAUUCUUAUGAGGCCAGACAUCCGAUUAUACUUCCAACCAGCAAAGUCGCAGAAUGGAUCAUCUAUGCAGAACAUUCGAAUCUUUUACACGCUGGAAUCCAACACACCCUUUUUUCCCUGAAACAAAAGUACUGGAUCCUUGGAGGUCGCCAAUUGGUCAACAAACUUCUCGCGCAAUGUGUCAUCUGCAUCAAAGCUAAACCGAAAGUUUCGGAGCAACUGAUGGGAUCGCUGCCUCAAUGCAGAGUGACUUUGGAUUAUCCAUUUAAGCACACUGGCGUUGAUUUUACGGGGCACGUUAUGAUCAAAAGGACUCCGCGAGGUGUUGGACUAAAGGCCUAUGUGUGUAUAUUUGUGUGCAUGGCGAGUAAGGCAGUUCAUCUCGAAGUCGUCACAACACUUUCUUCGCAAGGAUUUUUGAGUGCCUUUCGACGAUUUAUUGCACGAAGAACCACGCCAGCCCAUAUGUACAGCGAUAAUGGUACCAACUUCGUUGGGGGAGCAAAGGAAUUGCAGCGAUUGUUCUCAGAUCACAAUGUUCAGAAGGAGGUGGUCGAUUUUUCAUCACCAAUGAAUAUUAUAUGGCAUUUCAAUCCGCCCUCUGCCCCACACCAUGGAGGUCUGUGGGAGGCAGAAGUAAAGAGUUUCAAGCAUCAUUUCAAGAGAGUGAUCGGCUCAACUGUCCUGACUUAUGAAGAACUCAACACGAUGGUCGUCCAGAUUGAAGCAACACUGAAUAGUCGACCUCUUGUGGCUGUCCAAGACAAGCCCGGAGACAUUCAUUGUCUCACUCCUGGAGAUUUUCUUCAUCCAAAGGCACCCACACAACUUCCGGUUGCACAGGAUAUGCCCAAUAGUGUUGGCUACGUUCGUCGUUGGCACCUGUGCACCAAACUCAGAGAUGAUCUUCUACGUCGUUGGAAAUCGGAGUACCUUCACACUUUGCAACAGCGCCAUCGAUGGAACCUGCAACAUCCGGACAUCUCACCGAAGGAUGUCGUUUUGUUGAAGCAGGAAGCUAUGGGGAAUGUCGACUGGCCAAUGGGAAUUGUGGAGGAGGUAUAUCCAGCCAAAGGUGAUGGACACGUCAGAGUAGCACAGGUGUGGGUGAAGGGUGAGGAAGCAUUGUGA